GAGAGUCAAUACUUCAUCUCCAUCGUUACCUGCGUUGCCUACGCUACCUCCUGUCCAAUCCAAUUCGCUUCCUUCUCCACGCUACCAUCCCAGCAUCGGCAGCAGCAGUAGCAGCAGUAGUACGCAUCAUCUGUACCAACCUUAUGCAAGACCAACACCACGUCCCAAAAUGACGAGACCACGAUUGACGACGACACUAUGGGAAGAUGAGAGCACCAUGUGUUACCAGGUAGACAGUCGUGGCAUAUGCGUUGCCCGUCGUCAAGAUAAUGACAUGAUCAAUGGCACGAAAUUACUCAAUGUGGCUGGUAUGUCCAGAGGUAAACGAGACGGUAUUCUUAAGAACGAACGAGGACGUAUUGUAGUCAAAGUGGGAGCUAUGCAUCUUAAGGGCGUAUGGAUCCCUUUUGUCAGGGCAAAAGCACUAGCGAAUCAAUUUAAAAUCUAUGAUAUAUUACAUCCGAUCUUCUCUGAUGAUCCAGGCUCCUUCCUAUACCCUUCU